GGAGGGUCUUUAGACCAAACUCCGGCGUUGACCAAAAUUUUCCGGCCAAAAAAAGUCAUGACAGCACGUGACUACUUUAAUGGCCCUUUUGUUUUUUCCCUCUUUUCUAAUGAAUAAAUUAAAAAAAAAUCAAAAUUAUAACCUCUCUAAAUUCUCUACAUCUGAUCUCUCUCCUAACUUUCCCUCUGUAAUUUCUCGCCGGAAAAAUCAGCAGCAAUGUUUUUCCACAUCAUGCACAAGAGAAAUAUGCAGCUUCACCCCCGCCACUUUGGCACGCGCCUUCGCGAUAAACUCGUCUCCAAGCUUAUGAAAGACGUCGAGGGUACUUGCAGUGGGCGUCAUGGAUUUGUGGUGGCAAUCAUGGGAAUUAAGCAUGUUGGCAAGGGUUUGAUAAGGGAUGGAACUGGGUUUGUUACUUUCCCUGUUAAGUAUAAAUGUGUUGUAUUUCGUCCUUUUAAGGGUGAGAUUCUUGAAGCUGUUGUUACUAUGGUUAAUAAGGGAAUAUUUCAACAACUAGCAUUCUCUGUCAGUGGUUAGUAAGAGUAAGGGUUUCAAGAGAGAAGGGAAAAGGAGGAAAAAGAUUUAUUUAAAAAGGAGGUGAAAGAGGAGAUAGUUCGAUAAAGUAUUGUUGCAUUCGGUAUAUAUAAUGCUGGCAUUUAUCAACUCACCUUUGACUUGUAUAUAGUUUUAUUUAUUUAUUUAAAUCAUUAUAUCAAUGUGUAGUGACUUGUAUGGACACCAAAAAUGUACAUUUUGAUGUAAAUAGCUUUUGUGAAUUGAAUAUAUAAGCUAUUAUUUAAAGGUAUUAGAUGGAGAAAGAAUAAUUGAGAGCUUAUAUUAGACCAAGAUUGAACAACAGUUUGAGAUAAAAUAGAGUUAAACAAUCGAUUUAAGUUAGGUCAAACCACAAUCAAGGUGAAAAAUGGAAGUUCAAUUCAAAUAAAAUUUGGUCUUCUACAUUAUGAACAAAAAUUCAUCACCUUUACUAAAUAUUAAUAAGGAAAAUUAAAUUUAAUAAUCCCAACUUUGACCUAUUUUCUUUGAAUAAUCCCAACUUUUGAUUAUUCAGUAAUAAUCCCACCUACUUUAUUGUGUGUUUUCUUUUAACAAUCCAAUGACCGGUGACCUGUUGAAAGAGGUUUUAUUUUUUGUUUUAAAUGCCAUGUGUCGCAAGUUAAUUGGUCAAAAAUUAAAACAAGAUACCUAGCCCUUCCUCCCCUAACCCCACUAACCGGCCACCCCAAGCCCCGAAAUCGACCGACCACUGCCACCCCAACGCUCAAAACCACCCCCUCUUUCCUUACCCUGGAAACCAUCCCCUCUUCCC